UUCGAAACUUUUGUUGUUGUAGAAAAAUUUUGUUUUUCUCUCAGGAUUUUGGUUUCUCUCAAUGAUAAUUUGCUGCCCUGAAAAAUAAUUGUCUGUUUAUAUCUUAUUGUGACUCCUAGACGUCAAAAUGUUUCAGUUUGGUUUCAAUAUGUUUCCCGAGAUGCCUAGGCCUUUCAACAUGACCUACCAAUGCUUCUCUGUAGCAAUGUUACCAGGAAACGAAAGGCAAGAUGUUGAAAGAGGAGGAAAAAUUAUUAUGCCACCUUCAGCUCUGGAACAACUGACAAGACUUAACAUCAACUACCCCAUGCUUUUCAAGCUGGUGAAUAAGAAUACCAAUAGAGUAACACAUUGUGGGGUACUAGAAUUUGUUGCAGAUGAGGGUAAAGUCUAUUUACCACUCUGGAUGAUGCACAAUUUAGUUUUAGAAGAAGGUGACUUGGUUCAAAUGGAAAGCAUCUCACUUCCAGUGGGAACUUUUUCAAAAUUCCAGCCUUUGAACCCAGAUUUUUUGGAUAUCACUAAUCCAAAGGCUGUACUGGAAAAUUGUUUGAGAUCUUUUGCCUGUCUCACUACCGGGGAUGUGAUAGCUGUCAAAUACAAUCAGAAACCAUAUGAACUUUGUGUAUUGGAAACUAAACCUGGGAAUGCUAUCACCAUCAUAGAAUGUGAUAUGAAUGUAGAAUUUGCAGCCCCCGUAGGCUACAAGGAACCGGAACGCAUCAAAAAAGAGGAAGAAGAAGCUGCCAUGGACCCGGCAGAUCUGAUGCCGGAACCUUCCGGUUUCGUCGCCUUCCGGGGUGCCGGCAAUCGCUUGGACGGCAAAAAACGCAAAGACUCCACCUCCAGUGAAUCUUCUGCUCCUAAAGUGGUCUAUGUCAAGGGUAUUCCUGAUUAUGAUUACCAAAUAGGGACCUUGAAGUUCAUCCGGAGGACCGUCAAACAGAAGAGCAAAGACGAGGAAGAAACUAGCGAGUUUCAAGCGUUCAGUGGCACCGGGUUCAGUCUCAGAGGUAGAAAUUAGAUACUUUACUUUUGUACUAUAAGUUAUUGAUAUAAUGUGUGUGUUGUUUUCUCUUUAGAUGAUUAGCUGUUGCAAUAAAGAAUUUGGAUCAUC